AUGAAAGUUGUGGUUUUUUCUUUAUUUUUUAUGGUUUUUGAAUGUGUUUUGGCUAUUAAUGAGUUCGAAAUUCGUCAACUUUUGGGAGCUUCGGAACAAAGAGCAAUAGAAAUUGAAAGAAUGACAAAAGAAGCAGCAAUUCGACAUAAUCAGGUUUGUGCAAAUAUUUAUUUUUUCGAGAAUAUGAAUAAAAUUUUCAAAAAAAAAACAUGAAUUAGGGAAAUUUGUUUCAACUUCGAAAAAAACUGUUUUUAUACAAUGGUGAUUACUGUAGUUUACUGAAAUGUUAUUUAUUUUUCACUAAACUACAGUUAUCGCCAUUGCUUUUAUUAUAGUUUUAUAAAAACUCAUAAAACCCAAUUUCACAAAGUUCCCUAGCACGGUGAGAAAUAUGUAGAAAUAUUUUUCGAAUUGCCACGCAGCUAUAUUCUCAAUUUGGCGUAGUCUAAACGCAACUGUCGCACAUAAUUCUUGAAACUUUUUCAAAUGCAAUAAUUCUUGACUCAAAAUAAGUUGAGUGAAAUAAUUUUUCAAAUUGGAAAAUUUGAACUUUCAUGAAAUUUUCUCUAAAUUUCACAAAAUGUGGCACCGUUUUAAAUUUUUCAGCUAAAUAAUCCUGCAUUAUCAUCAGUUUCUUCUAUUUCUUCUCCAAUUCUUCCUCCACCUUCAAAAUUUUCGCCCCCAAUUCCUCCACCAAUUCUUCCACCAACAAUCGAAGAUGAUCGAACAUUUUUAGCCAGUUAGUUUAGAUACUGUAGAAAUAGAACAAUAAUAUAUUUACUUAAUAUUUCCUUUAUGAUUUUUCAGAAAUGGGAGAACAAGAACAACUUUUGAAUAAUAUGAAUAUUUUAGCAGCUCGUGAAGCGAUGGCAAGAAACAAUUUUAUGAAUUUAGGUAGGUAUACUGUAGUUUUCAAAUAUCUGCAUUUGAAUGAAUAAAUAAAUAUGGCAACUAUUUUUCAGAAUCGUCAUUUAUGAAUGUUGUAAAACCAUUGGUUUCUCCAUUUUUUGGCGGAGGACAACAACCAAUUCCUGGACAUUUUGUACCACUUCAACAAAUUCCAAGUCAGUUCUUUUCUAAAAUAAGUUCAUAAUUAACAAGUAAUUUUUCAGAAUUCAAUGACGAUACACUGAAAAAAGUCUCAGUGGAUUCUCGGCCUCAAUUGCCACAACGAGAAAUUUUGGAAAAUAUCGAAAAAUCUGUGGAAAUUGUGAAUAAUAAUGAUACUUCAGUUUUAGGCAAUUUUUGA